AGAGGAAGCAGUCCUCCGCUUCACCAGCAGGUGGCGGAAGGGAGCCGACGGCGGCGCGAAGUUAGCGGAGGAGAAAACGCGACAGUCACCGCGGCGAUCGCCUGGCCUCUGCCCGCCCCUGCGGUGCGACACGCCCCGGCUUGCUGCCUUUGACAAAGCAUUUAUUUUGGUCGGAGCACACAGCACAUGGCAGCGAGAGUUCGUCCCUGUGAGAACGUCCGGCGAGCGGCCACAACUUUUUGCCCGAGUUGACCCUUGCUAGCGCCGGACAACAGCAGCUCACCAGUUGCGCCAGUUCACGAUUCAAAAUUGACGGAGGACACUUCAUAAAUUUAUCAGCUGACGACACUUGUUUUUUUUCUUCUUCUUCUUCUUCUUUUUCCUCCCCCUCACAAGUUGUCCACAGGUGGAGACGGCGACGCACUGACCUGAGCUCAAACUUAUCUUCGGUUUUUCAAGACUCUGCGUGCCAGCCUGAUCAAUGGCACUGACCGUGAACUUGAUUGGUCCAUCACCAUGGGGCUUCAGAAUCGUCGGAGGAAGGGACUUCAAAAAGGCCAUAACUGUAUCUAAGGUCAACGGAGGCAGCAAAGCAGAGCAAGCAGCUCUCCAAGCAGGUGAUGUCAUCUUGGCCAUCAAUGGGGAAAAUACUGCUGACAUGCUAAACGCAGAGGCCCAGAACAAAAUCAAGAACUCAAAGACUCAUCUGCAGCUGAUGGUGGAGAGGCUUGACAUUUCCGGCCCUAGGCAGACAAAUGGCAUCAGCACCCCAGAACAGCUUACUGGACGCUUUCAGGAAGCAGUAAUAGUAAGUCGAGAUGAGAACCAGAACUACAGAGAGUACAGCAUAUCCAGCCCCGCAUCACUGUCCCCUGUGCCGUAUUCACCACAACCUCCUAGCAGUCCUGAUGGCAAGAAGGAGAGGUUGACACCCAACAUGAACAAGAGUGUCCAUCUGCGCUCCUGGUCACCAGAGGAGAAGAGUCAUAGACUGUCCCGGCCACUUUCACAGGACUUCUCUCCGUCAGACUACAGAAAUAGUUCUUUGUCCAGCAGAACCCCGACCCCACCGGGACGUUACUCGCCUCAUAGUGCCAUUGAUCAGGACGUGCCCCUGUCUCCUCAUCGCUGUUCAAACUCUGAAGCGGUCAUGCAGAAGUUUGACAAGGACUCCGAGGUUUACAAAAUGAUCCAGGAGAAUAAAGAAUUCCGCACAGCACCUCGUCAGUCCAACACCUUCAAAAUGCUGCAAGAAGUCCUGGAGGCCGACGAGAAAGAGGCAGCAUUGAAGUUCCCGGGCAAGUUAUCUCCCAAUGUCCCGAAACCAAGCGCACCCGUGGGAGGAGUCAGCAAAUACCACACCUGUGAAAAGUGUGGCACCAGCAUUGUCACGCAGGCCGUGCGCAUCGUGGACGACCGCUUCCGCCACCCCGAGUGCUACACGUGCACGGACUGCGGCCUCAACCUCCGCAUGAGGGGCCACUUCUGGGUGGGCGACGUGAUGUACUGCGAGAAGCACGCCAAGCAGCGGUAUCAAGGGCCGGCCGGCUCGCCGCAGUCCGGCCUGUCCACACGCCACUGAGCGGUCCGACGUCCGCCGCAACGGACCCUCUUACAGACAAUGGGAACGUGGGAGUGGGGGGGUGAUCACCAAUGUGGCAGAAUUUCCUGUUCUCAUCACAUUUAAGUGUUGGGCAAUUUUUGAUUAGCCUUCACUUAAUGUUCUUUCAUGACAAUUUGGGGAGUUUUUCCUCAUGGCCCAUCCCAGUCAUUGUUGAUUUAUUUCUAAAAAUACAUUUUCCGUGAGUCAGUCCAUUGACGUCACAUGUACUGAGGCCACCUUUGACAAAUGCUGCAAAACUUGACAACCAUUUCUCGGACUCUUUGGACUUUCCAAGAUCUGGAUAAUCAUUCAUAAAACAAUACUAUACUAAUAAAAAGGGACUAAAUUGGACCUACACCGCACACACCUUGCUGGGUGACAAAAAAAAAAAAAAAAGUGCAACGUUGACGAUUGCAGACUCCAAUUAUUAUUUUUUUUUUGCGCUAGGCCAGCAACAUGUUCUAUAUCUCUGUAAACACAAUUGAAUAGGAUGCAACAAAAUAUUUAGUUGCUGACUUUUGCUGUUGUUGCUUGAGGGAUUUAUUAUAUAUAUAUUUUUUGGAUAUACAAUGAUUUUGGAUGUUUGUGUGAUUGAGCUGUAUUCUAUAAUAUAUACACUAUUUACUAUGCAUAAUGUAUGCACAGGACAUUGAGUGGGGAAAAAAAUAUUGUAUUUGCCAUGCAAUUGGAGCAGAACUCUGCAUGUGGCACUUAAUAAAUUGCACAACUUGAAGUUC